AUGUCUAUUCGGAAAGCUCUUCUAUCGAGUCUUCUCCUCAAUGUGUUUUGUGUGGCACAACGAGUCAGAGAAGUGAUUUGGGCCGGUGACUAUGAGAGAAUGUUGUACGACAAAUUGACCUUAAGCUACAAUCGAUUGGCAAGGCCGGUGAAAAAUGACACCGAGCCAGUGAUUGUUUUGUUGGGCUUGGACUUUCAACAGAUUAUCGAUAUUGACGAGAAAAGCCAAAUCAUGAAUUCGAAUGUUUGGUUGAGAUUGAGUUGGAUUGAUCAUUAUCUCACAUGGGAUCCUGCUCAGUUUGGUAAUAUAAAAGAGGUUCGAUUGCCGAUUGGAUCAAUCUGGAAACCAGACGUUUUAUUGUACAAUUCGGUCGAUCAACAAUUCGACAGCACAUGGCCAGUGAAUGCCGUCGUUUUAUAUAACGGCAAUGUGACAUGGAUUCCACCAGCGAUCAUCCGAAGUUCCUGCAAUAUUGAUAUUGCUUGGUUUCCCUUCGAUACUCAGCGAUGUUCGAUGAAAUUCGGUUCUUGGACAUACUCGGGUUUCUUCACCGAUCUUCGGAAUACAUCCUCGUCAACAGCCACCUAUCAACCAAAUGGAGAAUGGCAAUUGUUAGGUCUUGAAUCAGGUCGAUCGAUUUUCUAUUAUGAGUGUUGUCCAGAGCCAUAUUAUGAUGUCACUUUCACGAUCACUAUCCGGAGAAGAACACUGUAUUAUGGAUUCAAUUUGGUGCUACCUUGUAUGCUAAUCUCGGCUCUCGCUCUUCUCGGUUUUACUCUUCCACCAGAUUCUGGAGAAAAGAUUAAUCUUUGCGUCACAAUUUUCAUGUCACUUUGUGUUUUCAUGUUAGUGGUGGCUGAGGCAAUGCCACAAACAUCUGAUUCACUUCCGCUAAUUGAAGUCUAUUUCUCUUGUAUUAUGUUUGAAGUGGGUGCAUCAAUCUUUUGCACCGUUGUCGCUCUCAAUUUUCACCAUCGCGGAGCCGAUCAGUAUCGACCAAUGGGAAAAACUGCUCGCAAAAUCCUACUUGAUUGGUUACCAUCAAUGGUUUUUUUGGAAAGACCUGCGGAUUUCUUUCCUCAAGGUCCUCCACCAAUUUCUCCGUGCAAUGGAUUUGUGAGAGACACGCCUAGAAAGAAACGAUUCACUUACGAUGUUGUGGAGGUGGAUCGGCAACUCUUGAAACAUCCCGGAUACAUCUCAAAAUCCGUGCAUCUCGAUUUUUGUUCUGGGAAGAAUGGCAAAAAACAAGCCGAUGAAACGACAAAUCACAUCUGUGAAGGGGCAGCAAUCGCAUCUGUGAAGGGGCCAAAUGUGUCUCCAAUAGCCGCAUCUCAUCAUCAGCAAAUCACUCAUCCCAGCAAUUCCCUGCCACCACCCGCUUCACGAGCUCCUCCACCAGUGACACCGACAGAUGACCGCUCACUGCCCUAUUUCUACUCAAGGAUUCCACCGCCUCUUCCCCAUCAUCAUCAUAAUGAAGAUGAGAAUCGAAAUGGAACAAUCGAUAAAGGAUUGGAGAAAAGAUUGUUAUCGGUUUCGAGAACUCACAUGGAUGAUUUACAGUUCAAUUCACUGCUUGCUGAGAUUAAAGUGAUCUCGAGUAAGAUCAAAAAAGAGGAAUUGAUGCACUCGGUGUCCGGUGAAUGGAUCUUUGCCGCAAUGGUCAUCGAUCGCAUUUGUUUCAUCACGUUUUCCGUUUUUCUCUUCAUCUGCACAUUCAUCAUCGGAUAUAAGGCACCUUAUCUAUUUGCG